AUGACCCGUCAGGUUCAUCCUGAAUCGGAUAUUGAAGUUCCUCCCCCUUUUAAAGGUGACUCUAAGAUUUCAGCAGAAGAAACCAGGAGCAGCAGUGGUAAAGAAAACCAAAAGAAAAAGUGCAAUGAAGGUUGUAGCUUUGCAGAUAAAGUGAGGAAGUUUCCAGAAUCGGUAUGGACUUCGACAGUGAAGGUUGGCAGAGAGGAUCCAAGAAGGGUGGUUCAUGCCUUCAAAUUCGGCGUGGCGUUGACAUUUGUAUCUUUGUUUUAUAUGAUUGAUGAUUUGUACAAUGCACUCCAAAAGGAUGCUAUGUUUGCUGUGUUUACUGUGGUUGUGGUGAUGGAAUUCACAGUUGGAGCAACAUUAUGCAAAGGACUAAAUAGAGCAUUGGGGACAGUUUUGGCAGCAUGCUUAGCAGUUCUGAUAGAUGCUCUUGCAAGUUCCUCUACUAAGAUUUUAACUGCAAUCAUUGUUGGUGUUUCAGUUUUCCUUGUUGGAAGUGGAGCUACUUAUGCAAGGUUCAUACCCCACAUCAAGAAGAAUCUAGACUAUGGUGUUGUUGUGUUUAUCUUGACAUUUAAUCUAGUAACAGUGUCCAGUUACCGUGAUGAUAAUGUGUUGAGACUGGCGCAAUCAAGAAUGUUAAACAUCGCGGUUGGAUGCAUGAUAUGCCUUGUCAUGUGCCUAUUGGUGUUUCCAAACUGGUCAGGGAAAUACCUUCAGGAUUCAAUCACAUCAAAACUAGAAAGCCUAGGAAACUGUAUAGAAGUUUGUGUGAAGGAAUACUUUUGUGAGUCUGAUCUAAAAGGAAGUGAAGACAGUUCGAUUCAUGAUCGCAUUUCCAAAGAUUACAAAGGUGUUUUAGAUUCCAAAGCUGCUGAAGAUACAUUGAUCUUACAUGCAAGGUGGGAGCCAAGAUACACAAGCUUCCACAGAAUCCCAUGGAAGCAAUUUGGGAAAGUCGGCGAUGCUCUUCGCCAUUUUUGUUACACUGUUGUAGCUCUACAUGGUUGUUUGAAGUCUGAAAUUCAGGCACCGUGGUCCAUUCGAAACAAGUGCAAGAACCCUUGCAUCAAACUUACAGAAGAAGCUAACAAGAUUCUAAAGGAACUCUCAAACAGCAUAAAGGACAAACGCCAAGUUUGCCCUCACAUACUCAACAAUGGUCUCAACAAAGCCUUAGAAGACCUCAACAAUGCCUUGAAAUCACAACCUCAGCUUCAUUUCAGCCACACACUGUCGGCCAGGAUGCGAGCUCAAGGGCCCCCUUUGCCUCCUGAUAGCCAUGAUGGUCAGAUGCCUAUGCCUCAACUGAGCAAGAGUAUGAGUAAGACUAUGAGUGUAAUCGUUGGCCUCGAGUUCUCAGAAGCACUUCCCCUUGCAGCUUUCACUUCUUUGUUGCUGGAUAUGGUGGCAAAGCUAGAAUAUGUCAUAGAUGAAGUUGAAUUAUUGGGAAGAAUGGCACACUUCAGAGAGUACAGAAGUGAAGAUGAAUUUUCGGUUAGAACUGAGGAACGACCUAAACCUUGUAGUGAACUACCUGCUUAUGGAGCCUAA